CUGUAAUCGCUUUUUGUGCUGCAACUUGCAAGUCAGCUGGAGAUUGUCAUCUGGGAGUCACUGUCGAAGAGGCUGGUGGCCGGGGAGGGAGCUGCAACCUUUACAGCGGCAGAGAUAGAGCUUAUUCACAUGUGGCCAUGUUAGAAAGCCGCAGUCCCGGUGAAGGCAAGUGGGGAAAACAUUGCUGCCUUCCCGAUUCGGGACUGGCCCAAGUUCAAAGAGACUCCGAAUGAUUAUUCGAGGGGAACCUGCGGCGGGGAACGUGGUUUUGCGGCUGUGGCGGGGGCGCGCUGCGUGUGCACGCCGUCCGGGGGAAGCAGCAGCAGCAGCAGCUCUCAUUUGUACUGUCGGGGAUAGGCCAUGUAAACACGGAGCAGUGAGAACAUCAGCGGGAGGACUGAGAGAGAGAAAAGAACAUGGUCCUGAGGUGAAGAAGGAAUCUCUCACCAUGAUUUAUUUAAUGCUGCUGUCAGCCGUGGCCGGAGCCCUGUGUGUUCUCCUGCUGCAGAUUUUAUUGCUGUAUCGGAACAAGCCCGAGCCGGUGCCCCGGCAUGUGCAGUACGUCAAACCGGUGGUCGAGCCCUCGCUCAAGGACUACCUGAGCGGCGGGAAGGAGCCUCCGGCCGAGAGCUGCCACUUUCUCAACGCCAUCUUCUUGUUUCUGUUCCGGGAGCUGAGGGACACCCCGAUCGUCCGGCACUGGCUGACCAAGAAGAUCAAGGUGGAGUUUGAGGAGUUGCUGCAGACCAAGACGGCGGGCCGCCUGCUCGAGGGCCUCAGCCUGCGCGACAUCUCCCUGGGCAACGCGCUGCCCGUCUUCAAGAGCGCGCGCCUGCUGCAGCCGGCCGUGGGCCCCAAUCCCGGCCCAGGCCCAGGCCCAGGCCCCGGCUCCCUGGAGGAUGAGGCUCCUGGAGGUGCCGCUGCCGCCGGGGGAAUACCCGAGGAGCUCAACUUCGAGCUGGAGCUCGAGUACAACGGCGGCUUCCACCUGGCCAUCGACGUGGACCUGGUCUUCGGCAAGUCGGCUUACCUCUUCGUCAAGAUGAGGAGGGUGGUGGGCCGCCUCAGGCUGCAGUUCACCCGCCGCCCUUUCACUCACUGGUCCUUCGCCUUCAUGGACGAGCCUUUCAUCGACUUCGAGGUCAAGUCGCAGUUCGAGGGCCGGCCCAUGCCCCAGCUCACCACCAUCAUUGUUAACCAGCUCAAGAGAGUCAUCAAGCGCAAACAUACUUUACCCAACUACAAAAUCAGAUAUUAUCCUGGGUCUACCAUGUCUCUGAACAAUGGCACAGCCUGAGAACCAGGCAUGGCAGAGAG